AUGUCAGGCACAUCUUUACAAGCCGCACAGAUGGCUGCCGCCGCUCGAGCCAUGGAUCUCACCACCGCCAUUGGCAAAUCCGGGGGUCUAGAUCUCAUCAGUCUCGUAGCCGAAGCAGGAACCACUGCAGGAAUACAAGUGGUGAAAUGGCUGGCUCGAGAACGUCUUAACGAAGAGGCAUUUCUCCAGACUAUGCGGGCUUACCAGAAUUUCGCACAUCCGAAUCCCAAUGGUCAGGCGAUUCUCGCUCAACUCCAGGUCAAUGCAAGCAAGCUCUUCGGCCUCCGUCUUGUCAUGCCAGGCGCUUUGGGCAGUACCAUCCUUCGAGAUAAGGAACUACGCUGGGUAGCAACGACCGAGGCUGUGAUUUUGAAAUAUCACCCGUCAAAAGCUGCUGAGAAAACGUUCAUUGAUAUUUUCUUGAUGAAUGCAUAUCCCAACGAGCAUCGCGCAUCGAGACUAUUUUUCGCCACAGCUCAGAUUCAGGCCGUGGUUCAGAAGAUGACAGAUAGUAUUCAUUUGCAUACGGUCAACGCUGGACUAGAAAUCAGCCCCCUUCCGGAAGUCUUUGAGAAGUAUGUCGGGCAUUGUAUGGAGCACCCAGAUCUCGCUCGUACUAUUCAUGAUAUCCAGGAAAGAAUUGGUUCAGAUGUCGUCGUUCAAGUAAAGUACUUUGCGGUUGACCUCUUGUGUUGGAUCUACAAUCAUUGGAAUGGCGUUUUGGUGGUGAGCAUG